CAAGUACACCGGUGCCUACUCUGAAGCAAGACACAAGUUCAGUCCAGGAAAAGAGAAGCCGACGGCCCAGCUCUCGCACAUCAGGUCCAGAGUGGACGCAGUAGAGAGACAGCCCUGCGUGGCCCAUUCUGGAAGGCAGCCAUCGUGCUCCUUCAUGUAUCGUGGAAGGAAAACAGAGGAGAUCGAACUUGGUCAUAUUCUGAACCGUGCCCAGAGGGCGACGGCGGCGGCGGCGAGCCAGGCAGUGCCGGCGGACCGAGACCUUGAUCCACCAAUUACCCAAUAUACCUGAGAUUCGUAGUAGUUCUUGUUUAGACUGGUUACAUCUGGUAUCGGAUUUGCCUGUUUCGGUCCUGAUUUCCACAAUCCAUCGAUCGGAUUUGCAAACGCUUCGGGUUGGAUCGAGAUUUCCAUCGGUUAGUGAGCUGCUGCCGUUGGAGAUUUCUCUGUGAUUCCCAAGCACGCGAGCCGAUUUGUGGGGAGAUUCAGCGAUUCUGGCAUCUCAUUCGUAUCUCACACGCCGUCAGAUGGCCAUGGUCACCCCGGAGGAACAGCUGGGGCAAAUCCUGGCUUUGCUCGGUGAGAACUCUAAGGGGAUCAACGAACUCAAGUCGUCCAUGUCUGAGAUCCGGGCGAUGCGUUCUGAGAUCAACUCCUGGAAACCUGAGGUGGACCAUCGUGUCCACGAGCUGGAGCAUGCUGUAGCAGAUCUCGGCGAGCGGAUGAACCGCGCGCUGGAUGUGCUCCUUCCACCGGCGGGCGCGGUACCUGCUGGCUUCGUCACCAUCGCAUCUGCUUCACCGGCGCCACGAGAAGAUACCCCGCCUUCUCCGAGCGCCAAGACGCUGGACUCCGCUCAUCUGGAGUCGUCCCCGCACGGGGCGGCGUCUGGGUCGUUAGACCACAGCAAGCUGGGUUCCGGGGUGGUGUAUACCACUGCCCCAACCCAACAACCAGUAACAGGAGGAGGCCCUUCAAGAUCAACCAACACGCCGUAUGGAAUCUAGCAGUCCUUCCAAGAAGCAUUCUCCAGAAUCUGUUAAGUCUGGUUCCUCAUCUAUAACCAGUCCAACACGCAUUAUGGAAGAAAAGAAGUCCACUGAAUUUGUCAGACCCAAGGCUGUCGCUGAUGACAAAGUCAAUGCUCUCAAGUCAUAUCGCAGAGCCAAGGGAUUGUGUUUCAAAUGUGGCGAAAAGUGGAGUCCACAGCACAAGUGUCCUUCUACUGUCUCACUUCACGCUAUGGAACAGUUGUGGCAAUGUCUUACUGAUGGUGAAGAAUUGUCCCUGCCUGAAAUACAUGAUGACUCAGAUUCUGGUGAAGACCUGAUGGCUAUCUCCUUUCAAGCUCACAGUGGUACUGAAGGUGCUAAAACUCUUCGCCU